AUGGGUAUUUCGUCGUCUCUGUUGUCUUUCAGUUCCAGAGGCUCUUCCGUCAUUGGACCAGUGGGAAGCGCUUCGCCUAUUAUAUCGUUACCUACACCAGAACAACAAGUCGAUCAAGAGUCCACACCAAGUCUUCCGGUGACUAGGCCGGGGCUUCAAGCUGGUAUCCAGGAUGAAUACCACGUGCUACAUGAAUAUCAUCCAAACAGCUUGUUGGACCCUAUACCCCUGCUGUUUAUGAAUUACAUGCGAAACAUCCCAACACAUGAUGUCGAUGAUAUGCAGGCAUUGUCUUUUCAUCGGGCUGUUUUUGGGCCACUGAAGUCAACACGUGACCCUGCCCACUCAGCCCAAUCUCUUUUCGUUGAUUAUGUUGUCGACAAGCAAAUGGCGCUUCACUUCCUCCUCGCCGUCGCUCAUAGUGAACUGUCACUAUACUAUGACAAUGGGCUCGUUCUACCCCAAAAGUCUUGCCUGCACUUCCAUCAAGGUACAAAGUUGCUCCGGUAUGCUUCAACUCCGCGAGGGCCAACUGACCAUGUUAACAUGAUGCUCUCUUUUUUGUAUAUGUAUAUGUUCUGGAUGCGACGCGACAAUCCAGCCCCACAAAAGUUGCGAGAACUGAGUCGAACAGUAGUGGAAUAUGUGCGGACUUAUAGGGUGGAUGAGCUCUGCACUAAUGAUGACGUGAAUCUCUUCCCGGAAACUUUCGCUGCUGGACUGUUAAUUCCAGAUCAAGUCCUUCUCGCGCGAAUUUUCACGUAUCUAUACGAUCGCGACGGCUUCUGCUCCUUCUUCGGAUGCGGUGGCUCCUUCGCUACAUUUGUUAAUGAGGACUACUUUAAGAUGCGUAAAAUAUGGAGGCUCUCGCGGACCGUAUUUCUUUUGUUCCCCGAACAGAACGGGCUUACCAGUGGCAGCUUGCCGGAGGUCCACGAAGCGGUGAUAUUGGAGCUUUAUUUCAUGCUCAUUAAUAUACACCAUGAAAUCAAUAUACACAGCCAAACUGGGGGGCUACACCGGUACGGUAACGAACGAAGGUUAAAACAACACCUUAAUCAACUGAAAAAGGAAUACGCCUGUCUCUUUUCGCUGGCCACAGAUAGCGAACCACUGAACACUUGUCGUGCGUCUUUAAUGGAGUGUGUUACUGUGACUUUUUUCUAUGCUCUGCAAAUAUACCUGCACCGGAGCUGCGAAUCGGCCUUCGGCACUGACCCUGUUCCCGAAGAAGUCAGCUGCGCUCUCGGCUCAUUGGCUACUGCUGCAUAUAAUGCAGUGUCCAUUGGGCCUAUCCAAUUGCUGGAAAGGUUUCAAUGGUCUCUGUUUAUUUGGGGGGUCGAGACACGCGAUCCAGUGCAUCGAGGGUGGAUCAUAACCCAUCUUUCAGACCCCGCACUUAAGAGAGUUUUUCAGCUCGUCCAGGAAGCAACGAGACAUUCUCCAGUAACCAUGCACAACCUCCGACAAAUAGUUGGUGAGCCGCGAUAA